AUGGCGGUCCUAAAGGUGACCUUCACUAAGACAAGUCGAGACAAGCUGGCCCAGGCUCUGUGGGUGCUCAACUGGGUCUCUGUGUUUACGGGCCUCGUCCUCUUCAGCUUGGGCCUUUUCUUAAAAGUGGAGAUCCGGAAGAGACGAGAGCUCAUGACCGACGAGAUCCAUUCUGUGCCAAACAUGCUGAUCGCUGUGGGCUUGGCCGCCUGCAGCAUCAACUUCCUGGGUGGGAAGAUCUGCUACGACUGCGUGGAUGCCGACAAGUUCCUGCACUGGAAGAUCAUCAUGCUACCGUACAUCAUCUGUACCUUCUUCUUCACCUUCUGCAUCCUGGUGGAAGCUCUGAUGUGCUACACCAUGCGCAGAGAUCUGGAAGCAGCUCUGUUUUGGGGUCUACGGGAUGCCAUGCGCUACUACAAGGACACGGAUAAGCCCGGGCGCUGUUACAUCAAGCAGAUCGUUGAUCUCCUGCAGAUCCAGUUCCAGUGCUGUGGAAAUGAUGGGUUUAGAGACUGGUUCCACAUCCAGUGGGUCAGUAACCGGUACCUGGACAUGACCAGCAGUGAAGUGGUGGAUCGACAGAGAAGCAACGUGGAGGGGAAGUACCUCCUGGACGGCGUGCCCUUCAGCUGUUGUAACGUGUUCUCCCCUCGGCCCUGCAUCCAGCACCAAAUCACCAACAGCUCUGCGCACUACAACUACCACUAUCAGACGGAGGAACUGAACCUGAACCAGAAGGGCUGCAGGCACGCGCUGCUGGAUUACUACACCCACAUCAUGCAGUCCAUCGGCUUCAUCGUGCUCAUCAUCUGGCUCUUUGAGCUGGCUGUGCUCACAGGAGUCCGUUACCUGCAGACCUCCAUGGAGAACGUGCUGAAGUUAGGAAACCCUGACUCUGAGUCAGAAGGCUGGCUUCUGGAGAACAGCAUCACAGAGACAGCUCGCUAUAACUUCAACAUCAUCAAGAACCUGGGGAAGUGCUACCAGGUGGAUGACGACCCCAACAUUGAUGUCCCGAGCAGCAGAGGGAACGUCCCCACUUGGCAAAUCCCGGUGGCCAGUGAGUGA